UUAGAAAUGUGUAUGAAUAAAAUCACUGAAAGAAAAAGGUUGAAGCUUUGAAAUGUGGGGGUGCUGAUGCAACACUACUACAUUACACUCUUCUUAAAGCUUCCUCCAACACUUUAUGCUUCGAACUGCAUUUCCAUAUUCUCUUCUGCUUCCACUUGUUUAACAACAAAACCUAUCAUCGCCAUCAUUCAUGCUUUCUUUCCUAAUCACUUAGCUUAGAAACAAUGCAAAGCUUCAACCCAACCGAAUCAGAAUCAACCUCGCCACUCUAUUCCCACUCUUCCUUCAUUCACCGGUAAAUUGCAUAUUACAAUCUGCAACAACCAUUCACAUGCACCAACAAGUGCUUCUGUUGAUUUAUUUUUCUUUUGGUAUUACAAAUAUAAAGUUUUCUAAAACAGAGUUUCUCUGUUUUUCUCUGUUCUGUAACAGGGGAAAUGACGCCAACCCAAAUCCCACGCGCUUCUCUGAUCUUCAGCAUUCUUUUCGGCAGCACGAUGCUGUUGAUUUAAGCUCAAGUUCUGUGUUUGGUGCGAAGUCGAACAAUAUGGCUGUUGUUGCAAGCAACUUGCAGUGUGGGACAUUCAACACGAACCUUGGAGGUGCAGAGUUUGGUUCGACGGUUGUAGGGUGUGUUGAGACAGAGUCUCAACACAUGUAUCAGAGAGGAAACUGUAGCGCCACCAUGCCCAUGGGGAACCAGUAUGUUGAGAAAUGGGCAGAUGAUAGCCAACACACUGAAGAUACUUGCACAGACAUCGACACCGAUGAUAAAAACCAAUGUUUCUCUACCGUGUCUUGGGGCAAUGGAGUUGGAGACGGGGCACUUGUAGUUGUGGACUCCCAGGAUCAAAGUAAGACAAAGGUUAAACCCGAAGACCAGAAGACCGUUCGUAGGCUAGCUCAGAAUCGCGAGGCAGCUAGGAAGAGUCGGCUGAGGAAAAAGGCAUAUGUGCAACAGUUGGAGAGCAGUCGAGUUAGGCUUGCACAAUUAGAACAAGAGCUUCAACGGGCACGUCAGCAGGGUGUUCUUAUUGCAAAUGGACUCACUGCGGAACGAGGACAUUCAGUUGUUGGAAAUGGAGCGUUAGCAUUUGACAUGGACUAUGUUCGAUGGGUGGAUGAGCAUCAAAGGCUGAUCAAUGAUCUAAGAUCAGCUAUAAAUUCUCGAAUGGGUGAUAAUGAACUUUAUGUUCUUGUUGAUGGAGUCAUGGCACAUUACGAUGAAUUAUUCAGGUUGAAGAGCAUAGGGGCAAAGGCUGAUGUAUUUCAUAUACUUUCUGGGAUGUGGAAGACUCCUGCAGAAAGAUGCUUCAUAUGGCUAGGUGGAUUUCGUUCUUCUGAACUUCUCAAGAUAGUUAGAAACCAGCUUGAACCAUUAACGGAAGAGCAGUUGAUGGGCAUUUACAAUCUGCAACAGUCUUCCCAGCAAGCUGAGGAUGCAUUAUCACAAGGCAUGGAAGCAUUGCAGCAGUCUCUUUCAGAUACACUUUCAACCUCCUCACAGGGAUCAUCUGGUUCUGGAAAUGUUGCCGAGUACAUGGGUCAAAUGGCAAUUGCAUUAGGCAAGCUUGCCACACUUGAGAGUUUCCUUCAUCAGGCUGAUCUCUUGAGGCAACAAACUCUGCAACAGAUGAGACGAAUUCUGACCACUUUCCAAGCUGCGCGGGCACUACUUGUCAUAAAUGAUUACGUUUCACGACUCAGAGCUCUUAAUUCUCUAUGGUUAGCGUGCCCAAGAGAGUACUAGGUGUCACACAUAUUCAGAACUAAUCUUAUCAGAAACAUGGCUAAUUAUUGCACCUUGAUUCCUACAACUUUUCAGCUAUUGACAAAUUUGUAUAUUAUUGACAUUUUCAAGGAAAUAUUUUUCUGUGUUAUGCUUA